AAAUACUGCAAUUUCUCAUAUGACCAUGGACCCCACACUCAUCUUCAUUAAUAUCAACCAUUUUUUUCCAAAUAAACCUUCUUCUCUUCACACUUCAACCCAUAAACACCAUAAGUGCCAGCCCAUGAUUUAUAAUUUCUGAGGGAUUAUUCACUAUCAAUUUUAUCAUAGAAUCCGAGAUUCUUAUCUUGGUUUUUGGUAUCAGUUUCAUUGAUCCCAACAACAAGGUGAGAAUCCUCGUUUCUCAGAAUUUUUCUGAGCUAUUUGGAUUUUGAACUCCCAGCUCCGAAUUAGAUUCUGGGUCUGACUCAAAAAGCUUCCUUUUGUUGUCAAAUAUAAUAAAAAUUCGAUUUUUCGUUUUUGAUUCUCCUUUUUGGCUUAAGCUGAGGACACAAGAUAUUUUGCGUGGAUUAGUACUUGGAAAGAGUUGUUCAUUGAUCCAAUUGAAAUGAAGGAAUUUGAGUAGGGAGGAGAAUUGAACUCUCUUGGCAAUGGAGACUUCUUGUAAGGCCAAUGGAAAUGGGGUAACCGAUAAUGGAUAUGCCGUCGUGAGGCACUCGUAUCAACCCUCCAUGAAGCCAUCGUUGCCUUGGCUCGACAUAAGAGUAUUCUAUGUAAGAGUUUGUAAGUGUGAGCUUGAUCAAUCCACUCCUGAGGUUCUCACACUCAAUCAUGUUCCUUUGAAUCCGGAUACCCUUCUCGAAGUUAAUGGAGUUCGCGCUGGUGUAUAUUCUGAUGGGGUGUCAACCCUUCUCAAAAGGGACAGGGUCGACAGAAAAUCAGAAGAAGUAACAUUUGUAAGCACUGAUAGCAUAAGGAUGUGUGGCAAUGUGAAGUUUCAAGUGUUUGAUAAAGAUGCUCUGCUUCUUUCCGGAGUUCUAGAAUUAAGUAAUAGCAACGGUAUUGUUAGGGAAUCGAGCUAUAACGGACAAAAAUGGAGUAUGAACUGUGAGUCGGAUGUAAUAGCCGGCACCGGUUUCUUUAAGGAGAAUCAAUUCCUGUUCCGAGACUCAGCUCCACCUACAAUUGAGGUCUACAUUGCCGGGUCCUGCUCGGGUACUCCAAUUAUCUUAACAAAGACCCUGCAGCUCGGUUCUCAGAAGAAAUAUACAAGGAAAAGUGCAUUGGAUGCAAUUCCUGAGAAUGAUGCAAGUGAAAAUGGGAAAGAUGCUUAUUCACCACUUGCUUUGCAGGACCUGGAUUACCUUAGCGACAAACCAGAAGACGACUAUUAUAACGGGCUGUACCCGAGAACAGCAUAUGCAGAUGGUGAAGAUGGAGAACUAUCAUGGUUCAAUGCUGGUGUGAGGGUGGGAGUUGGUAUUGGACUUAGUGUUUGUCUUGGAAUUGGCAUUGGAGUUGGCCUACUUGUUAAAACCUACCAAGGCACCACUCGCCACUUCAGAAGACGGUUAUUAUAGUUGGUGCUUUUUUAUUAUCUUUUUUUUCUUCUUCCCCGUUGAUCCGAAGUCAACUAACCUACCUUUUGUACACACCCUCCCUGAAUCCAAAGACAACAGGUUAAUGUUUUUUCCAACCGAGUGCAGGAAAUAAUUGUUCUGUUUGGCUUGUUUGAUGUAUAUGUAAAAUAUAUAGUUUAUUUUUA